AUGUCGUGUUUGCUCAUCAAACGAGGCAGGACUUUCCGAGCCUGCCUCCCUUUCAUCAUUGCUUCCCUCUUCUGCCACUGGAUACAAAGGACUUCCCGUUACAAUCAUCUUGUUAAUAUUCUCGAAGUUUUGACAUCUUCGCAUUUGUGGAAGACCAGAUUUCUCUUCCUCUUCAAUCGUCCCGAGUUCUUCACCCUCCACUUCCGAGAACUCAAUACUUUCAUCAUCUUCGUCAUCACAUCCAGCUAUUAUUCGAACACUUUCAUCGUCUAAUGGGCUAGCUUGGCCCCAAUUAGCAAUUGCAUACGCUUGAAAAUCAAUUCCCGGAGUUGGAGUAGUACCAUCCAGAAAUAUUUCUUGAGGCUCAUUGACUUGUACACGUCGCAAACACCCCCAGCCUUCUUCAAUAACUGGAUCAAUGUGAUAAACACAACUAAUCGGACUAAUAUCUUCGUAUUGGGUGGAUAUCAUUAUUUCGUUUGGCACCUGUUGGUGAAGAACGCGUUUUGGCUCACUGCGUUCUUCUAAUUGUAGAUAGGAAAAAUUAUCAUACAAAAUAUUCUUUUUCUUUUUUAAACCUUCAAGAGAAAGAUGUCGAGAUAAAAGUCUAUUCACUGAGCGUUUUGGCAGCUGGGAAUCGGAGGUGGUUGUGGUUGUGAGUAUAGAAGUGCUUGAAAAACUGUGAUGUAUUUCAGCAAGCUCUUCCUCAGCUUCUUCUGAGAUUGGUCCAAAAGGUGGGUCAUCAAUUUGAAAAACGUCUUCCACUUCUUCUCCUCCUUCUUUACGCUCAAAAUGUUCAUUUACUUUAUCAGGAUCAAUUGUAUUUGGGUCAUAGUAAGACCAGGGAUCACUGUAGUAAGCAGCCAUCAUUUCAUCAGUGAAAGAAGAACCGAAGGCGUAGUCAGGAGCGGUUAG